CUCUCUCUUCUUAUCAGUUUACAGGGUCCAACUUCCCAAUAACAGUCUGACUGUCUCUUUCACAACCUGGAAUUAUGCACAACAAAGUAAAUUCAUGUUGCUGCUCAUUCGAGGAGUGCAAGCUAGCCACAGAAUGGCUUUUAAGCAGGACCCGGCACAGACCAAAGAUAGCUGUAGUAUGUGGUUCUGGACUUGGUCUUCUUGCAGAAAGUGCCUCUAACAAGCAGGUCUUCCGCUAUGAGGAUAUCCCUAAUUUUCCUGUAAGCACAGUUCCUGGCCAUGAUGGACACCUUGUGUUUGGUAACAUGAAAGAAAAUUCUUGUGUCUUCAUGCAGGGGAGAUUCCAUUUAUAUGAGGGUUACUCAUUGUGCAAGGUCACGCUUCCUGUGCGAAUCUUCAAGCUGAUGGGAGUGGAGACAAUUAUAGUAACAAAUGCAUCAGGAGGGCUUUGUCAAGAUUUUAAAGUGGGAGACAUCAUGAUCAUCAAGGACCAUAUUAACCUGCCUGGGUUUGCUGGACAGCAUCCACUUUGUGGACCUAAUGAUGAACGAUUUGGGAUCAGGUUUCCAUGCAUGUCUGAUGCCUACAGUAAGGAGUUGAGAAAGCUAGCUCUUGACAUUAGCACUGAGCUGGGCUACACCGACUUUGUAAAAGAGGGAGUAUACUGCAUGGUCAGUGGACCGAACUUUGAGACUGUCGCUGAAGCACGCAUGCUUCAUAUUCUGGGCAGUGAUUCAGUAGGUAUGAGCACAAUCCCAGAGGUGACAGUGGCCAAGCACUGUGGCCUACGAGUGCUGGGCAUUUCUCUCAUCACCAACAAGGUGUCCUUGGACUACAGUAGUGAGGAGAAGGUCAAUCAUGAGGAGGUGCUCCAGAUUAGUAAAAUGAGAGCUGAGAUGCUCCAGAAUAUGCUCAAUGCAUUUAUCGCUCGCUCCCACCAAGUGGACACAAUUAACAGCAGAUAAGUAUGCUUCAUCAGCCCGGGACAGAACUCAGGCAGACUACAUUUAAAAGGACAAAUACCACAGGCUAUUAAAUCUGAUAGACCAUGUCUAGUGUAGAGUCUACUGUUACAGUUCUGUACACAGGCAGCUUGUUUUGACCAUUGCUGUAUAUGGUGACAUGUUCAUUAUAAAAACAGUUCUUGUAAAUAAAAAAGCUUGAAAAUAUA